CCCUCGUGUUGCCGUGCAGGGUCCAAGAGCCAGGCGGAAGCCGCUGUAGCCGCUACGCCCGAUCGGGGGAGGUGCCCCCGGCCCGCGGUCCAAUGGCACCCGUGGCACACACAUGGCACACCAGGCGGCAUUAUCGUCGUCUAUGUGUGUGUGGGUGUGUGUAUGUGUGCUGUCUCGACAAAAGGACGUGGAACUUUGUAUUGCUAGCAGUGUUGGACGUUCGUACGCUAUAAGACCAGAUUGGCUCCGAUUCAGACCCAGCCGCUUGUUGGGAAAAGCGUACAGCCUCGAAGCCUUCUCUCUCUUUGUACCAUCCCGAGUCGGGUGAGGAAGUACAUACAUAUCCAAUACUAUCCAUCCAUCUGCCCAUCGCCAUGGUGAGUGUGUACCCAACCAAGUCGGAGGGACACGAUCCUGAUCUCGCUUGUGUGCCUUGCAUCGACGGGUCCAUGUGUAUACAGUACUGUACCAACAUUCAUGAUCGUUGUAGCCCGCCGCAUCAGCAGCAGCAUACGAUUCCAUCUUCCUCUUCGGGGACUCCAUCACCCAGGACUCGUUCAAUCAGCAGCGCGGAUCGGGUUUCUCUGCAGCUCUGCAGCACGUGGCUACACCAGCCGCCAGGCCCUCCAAGUCUUGCCCUACAUCCUCCCUUCUCCCGAGCACACUCAUAUAAAGCUGCUGCUGGUCUUCUUCGGCGCAAAUGAUGCGUCGCUCCCCAAGGCCCAGAACAACCAGCAUGUGCCUCUCGACGAGUAUCAAGACAACCUUGCCAAGAUCAUAUCCCACCCACAGGUCGUAGCUCAUGCUCCCAAGAUUGUGCUUGUUGCGCCGCCUCCCAUCAACGAGUAUAUGCAGUGGAACUCGGACCAGAGCAAAGGUCUAAAGUCUCUCUCGCGCAAAGCCGCCAUCACCAAGACCUACGCAGAUGCCGUUGUCCGGCUUGCCCAAAGUGCGGGCGUACCUGUCAUCAAUCUCUGGGAGGCUUUCAUGGCCAAGGCUGGGUGGAAGCUGGACACUUGGAAGCAUGGCGAUGCCUUGCCUGGCUGCAUGGACGCGGAGCCAAACGAUGCGCUGGCUGAUUUGAUGUACGAUGUCAUAGGGCUACAUCUGAAUCCUGCCGGCUACGAUAUCUUGUUUGAUGAGCUAAUGAAGGUCAUCGGCCGUGACUGGCCCGAUUUCCUGCCCCAACACCUGCCCAAUGUUCUUCCGCUGUGGAACGACCCUGAGGGCUGGGAGAGUUGGAGGUCCAAGAUUCAAGAGCGUCAGAGCUAA